UAGGGGGAAGAACAACACUAUUGUUCUAAAUUUUGUAAUGUUGGCAUUACUUCUUGACCGACGCCAUAUUGUUGAUGGACGCAGGGUAUUUUUGUUGAAGCUCCACGACGUUUUCAAUUUUUGUUGUAUUUUCACAGGUUUAUCUAAAACAAUAGUCUGUGAUUUAAAGAUAAUUUGCCGUAAUAGUGUACUGUUUUUGAUUGUGACUUAUUAUGAAUUGUGUUAUUAGCAUCGUUGGAUCGCAAAUUUGACAGCAUGUCGGGCGGGCAGCUGGUGGUGCUGGACCGGCUGGGGCGCGAGGUGAAGCGGUUCGCGCUGGCGGGCGGGCUGGCCACGCUCGGCAGCGACCCGCGCGCGCACAUCCGCGUCAUGCUGCCCUCCGUCUGCCCGCACCACGCCACCGUCGUGGUGCACGCGAGCCAGACUGUGGUGCGCAACAUAGGCGACGGCGAGACCCUGGUGAACGGUCAGCCGGUAAGCGUGGCUGCCCUACGUCACGGCGAUUUGCUGACGAUCGGCGACCGCUCGCUACGCUGGGAGUACGACGAGCCUUCCACGCGGCGACCGUUAGCUCCGGAACCUGCGUUGCACGUGCGUACGAGACAACGCGGCGCGCGACGGCGUGGCUCGGGCGCGACGACGGGCCCGGCGCGCUCGCCUGCUCUCCAGCUGGCCUUGGAGCUCCAACAUCGCGCCUCCAUGCCCGGUAACGCCGGCGGGAAGCAGGUUGCGAUCGUGCAGCCACAGAGGAGAGACACCACUGAACAAAUUGACCAAACCGCAAGAUCGUCGCCGCAAGCGAAGCGCGCUCGCAUGACAGCGACCGAAGCCUACGACGCCGACGACACGCCGCAGCGUCGUGCGGCGCGCGGCAUGACGCAGGCCGAGAUGUGGAUCGCGUCGCGGAAGACCAGCCCGCGACGCGCCGCCAAGUCUCUGCCCGCGCCCGCGGUCAGUGGAACAUUUCAUCUUUAUUCAAAUAGUCUGGUCGCCGAGCACGUAGACUUUUGUCCAAUGACCCCAAGCUACCCAUCCUUAUCGCUCGCGCGUUAUUAUAUUGCUGUUGCGCGGCAUGACGCAGGCCGAGAUGUGGAUCGCGUCGCGGAAGACCAGCCCGCGACGCGCCGCCAAGUCUCUGCCCGCGCCCGCGGUCAGUGGAACAUUUCAUCUUUAUUCAAAUAGUCUGGUCGCCGAGCACGUAGACUUUUGUCCAAUGACCCCAAGCUACCCAUCCUUAUCGCUCGCGCGUUAUUAUAUUGCUGUUGCGCGGCAUGACGCAGGCCGAGAUGUGGAUCGCGUCGCGGAAGACCAGCCCGCGACGCGCCGCCAAGUCUCUGCCCGCGC